GCUAACAUUAGUAGGUGAAAUCCCACUGUUAGCAUUAGCUACUGUAAACUGCAGGGGACAGUUGCUGUUGUACAAGAAAUAGCAGUAUGGCGGUGUCACCAGCAGUCACAACAUUGUGUGAGAAUUCUAAUGAAGUGUUUUUAGACGCCGCCAAGUUAUUACUGACAUACGCGGACAACAUUUUAAGAUAUCCCAGUGAGGAAAAGUACAGAUCGAUCCGCAUAGGAAAUCCUACUUUCUCCACCAAGCUGUUGCCCAUCAAAGGUGCUGUGGAAUGCCUCUUUGAAAUGGGAUUUGAGGAGGUACAAUUCAUAAGUAACUGCCAGGCUGAGACCCACCUGGUGUUCCCCAAGUCUGCAUCAGUUGAACAGCUCAAGCUCAUCAGGGAAUCCAUAGCAGCAGAGAGGGAUCAGAGGCUGUGCGGAGGACAGCCCGUCCAACCCACUGUUCAGGCUGCUGCGUCCUCAGCCUCAGCUCCAGAGAGCUCUGCUGCUGCCUCCAUCCAGCCGGUUUCACCACCUCCACCACAGCCAUCGUCCUUGGAGAGCAGUAUGAGCUUCUUUGUCACUCUCCAGUCAAACUUUCAACAUGUGAUGCUGUAUGAAAACCCUGAGCUGCAGCAGAAAGCCAGGAGCUGCAUCCCUCACCAGCAGCUGUCCUCUGCUGCUGAACACAAGCUAAAGGAGGUGAAAGAGGCUGACCCAGAAUGUAAACUCGGAAUAGAAGACUUCCUGGUGCUGGAGUUGCUCAGAUGGUUCAAACAGGACUUCUUCUCCUGGGUGAACUGUCUGCCAUGCAGCAGCUGCGGAGGCACGACCCAGAACGCCCGCUCCCUCAGUCCCACCACCGAUGACCUCCGCUGGGGAGCCCAGCGAGUAGAGGACCACUACUGUCGGAGCUGCCGGCUCUCCACCAGAUUCCCCAGGUAUAACAAUCCUGAGAAGCUUCUUGAAACCAGGAGGGGGCGCUGUGGGGAGUGGGCUAAUUGUUUCACAUUGUGCUGCAGAGCCCUGGGCCUUGAGGCCAGAUAUAUCUGGGACAGCACAGACCAUGUGUGGACAGAGAUUUACUCGGUGUCUCAGCGUCGCUGGCUGCACUGUGACUCGUGUGAGAACGUCUGUGAUAAGCCUCUACUGUACGAGGUUGGCUGGGAGAAGAAACUGGCCUACAUUCUGGCUUUCUCCAAGGACCAGGUUGUUGAUGUGACCUGGAGGUAUUCCUGCAAACAUCCAGAGGUUUUGUCGAGAAGGACCAGGGUUCAGGAGACGUGGUUGCUGCACACCAUCAAUGGCCUCAAUGCCUCUAGGCAGCAGUCCCUGAGUCCAGAAAGGAAGAAGGAGCUGACGGAGAGGCUGCUCGUCGAGCUGGUGGAGUUCAUUUCCCCCAAGAAGCCAAAACCAGGAGAGCUGGGUGGACGUAACUCUGGCUCUCUGGCCUGGAGGAUAGCACGUGGAGAGACUAGAGGGGCUGACUCAGGGACCUCCACACAGGCUGAAGGUUAUGUGUUUACUCCUACUGAGAAAGAGAAGGGUGACCGGUUACUGCAUGUGCGCUACAGUGCCACCAAAGACCAGUACUGUCGAGUGUCCAACGACUCUGAAGUGAUUCAGAGCUGGGAUCAGUGUGUGUGGAGGAAGGAGUCUGUCUUCAGAAAGGUGGAGAGUGACUGGCAGAUGGUGUACAUAGCUCGAACAGAAGGCUCCUCUACGGGAAGAAUUAGCUGGAAGUUUGACUUUGCUCCAGCAGGACUGAAGAUAAAGUCUCUCUCAGUCAUGGCCAGUAGCCAGACCUUCCACUCUGGGAAAGUCUGCUGGCACUUGCAGGCAGGCCCGGUUACUACAGAGUUCUCUGGAGAUGGUAAGAUGCAGUCGUUCCAGAGUCUGUCCGGCUCCUCUGAGUUCAUUGUUGUGGCAGGACUCAGUGGUGGAGAAGGGGAGACAUCAUGGCAGCACACUCAGCUCUUCAGACAAAGCUUGAAGCAGACAGAGGAGACUUCACUUGAAAUUCUUAUCCACUUAGAAGACGCUUAACAUAUGUUUUACUCAACAAAACUUGGACCCCUAAUUUGUUUUCACAGUCGUCUGCUUUGACAAGUUCAGAACUGUUUGGUUUUGUUGGAUGACAAAUCAGUGUAAUAUUAAAUUUGUGUCAGCCCUUCUGGAUGAUUAAAUACGCAUAACCUAAUGAUUGACAAAUGAACCCAUACAUUUUGUACCUAUUGCCGGUACAGAUGUUGUCACACAUUUAAUCUAUUUUUUUAUUUAACUAAGGGCCAAAUAACCUAUAAGAUGUGCAGUCUACAAUAUACCUGUAAGGAGUUUUAAACAUAAAGCCAUAGUUUCUGUAACAUCAACUGUGAAUGUGUCUGUUAUUUGUGAUGCAUGGGGACAUGCCACACAGCAAAGCAGGGUUGAUGCCUCAUCAGCAUCAGGUUGCUUUAGUUCUCCUGCCAGUAAUAAACUAUUCUGCAACUGCAAUUUCCCAGUUUGGGAAAAAUAAAGUAUAUCUCUCUAUUCAUUAUAGGUCAGCGUGUCAUGCUGCCAGGCUACCUAUACAUAUGUAUAAUUAUAAAUGGAGCAAAUUAACGUUGGUGUGAUGGAAAGGGCUGAAAAUGUAUGGUGGUAUAAUAAAGAUAUUUUCCCAG